AUGGGAUCUCCAGACGAGAAUGACCAGUUUGGCUACGAUCAUGACGUCCAAGGAGUGCCUUCCACCCACGAAAACUCAUUGAAAGAUAUCUCGAAAACGGAAACAAACGAAGUCACGAAAGACGAGGAUGUCAAGCCUUCCCCUCCGUCAUGGAAGCCGGGUGCCCUGAGACAGUUCCCCAUCUACGGCAUCCUCCCUUUGCUGUUGAGCACCGGCAUAGCAAUCCUCAUAGUCCGCCUAACGCACCACAAAGACAUCGAGCAAUGGUCCGGUCGCAAGGCUCCGCAAGUGCUACUCUCCUACACGACCACCGUCGCCAACUCCCUCAUGGGUGUGGCGUUUGCGGAGGCGGCGGUGAUCACCUUCUGGAGAGGAGCCGUGAGCGGGAUGCCGGUUAGUAACUUGCAUUAUGUGUGGUCUAGCUCGAGCAGUGUUGUGGGUGCGCUGAAUAGUUUGUGGAGGAGGAGGGCUGUUGGUGUUAGUUUGGUGUCCAUCCUUGUGGCCAUCUCGACCCUUCUUCGCGGCCCUCUCAUGCAGAGAUCCACCUAUGUCGAACUGGUUGAUCUCGAAAUCUUGGACACGAUCAAGGUCCCGGUCAUGGCGGACAUGGGCAAUGAUUGGGGCGGCAUGAUGACGGGGCAGUCGUUGAUGGACCUCCGCUUUGCUCCCGGCUUCGCGGACACGGUCGCCAACUAUCAAUCUCAGAGCCCGAUGUCGCUUCUCGGGGCGAAUUGCACUAACUGCGAUUUGAACGUGGUGGCCUUCGGCUUCCAAGUAAACUGCACAGCCACCAAAAUCCCGUACAACCUCACCGGGAGCUUCGAAGCCAUUAUGAACCAAACGUUCAAGGCAACCGUGUUCGACUCCAGAAUCGGCAUUGUCGAAGAAUCCGCGAGAGGGAGUUUGAUCAACAUCAGCGUAGUGCGCAAGGUCGAUGUUGGAUACGAAGGUAACUUGGAGCACAAGGUGUGCUUGCUGGCUCCUUCUUUGCUGAACUACAGCAUGAAUCUCGACGGCAACAUCUUGAGCUUCAAGUCGGAAGACUGGUAUGACGUCUCGGCUGUGGAGGACCCGUUGAAUCUGCCGCCGGUGGACUCCUUUGUUAAGCCGAUCAACAUGACCCUCGCCUACCGCUCCGGGCUCGGCAGCACCAUCCCCGCCCUCCAAUCCAUCGGCUCCCUCCUCUUCGACUCCAGCUCCAAGGUCUCCCACGGCGGCGCCGUAGGCUGGACCACCUCCAACUCCGGCCUCCUCUCCAACCUCUUCUACACCGCCGAAACACCCGCCUUGCGACGCAGCUCCGAUCCCAAGGAUUACUCCUUCGAAGACCCCAUGCAAGACAUCAUCAACGCGUACCGAGACAUUGCCUUCCGCAUGUCUUUGCAGGCAGCUACCGAGGAGAACGAGGGUCUCACUGAUCAAAAUGUGAAAGUCUUUCAGGAGGUGGGGUAUACAAGUCAUACGUCCAUGGCAAGGUACGCGAUGGAUAAAGCUGCUCUGGCAGUGGCGGUGGUGAUUAGUUUGUUAGGGCCCGUGGCUACGCUUAUCCUGUUCUGGGGGUGGUGGAAAUUGGGGAGGAGGUUCACGAUGAGUCCUUUGGAGAUGAUUAAUGCUGUUUUGGCACCUGUGGAGGAGGAGUUCUUUGGCGAUGACGAGGAAAAGGAUGACAGAAGGCAGGAAGAGAGACCGACACAGGGCACGGGACGGUCUGCCAAGCGGGAUCAGUUGGAGGUGGCCAGAGUGUUGGCUGAGUGUGGUAAGGGUGAUGCGUCGGGAGCGGAUUUGGCGAAUCAUGUUAGGCAGAAGAAGAAGGGGGAUCAGGAGCCGGUGGUGAAGUAUGGCGUUGAUGGAAGGGGAAAGCUUUCGAUGCAGGUUGUGGGCGGUGGUGGUAGUGGUGGUAUGAGGCGGAGAAGAGAGAAAGAAGGGGGGUUCGUUUCGGGGCUGGUGGAUGUUUUGUUGAAUGAUGGGUGA